AUCGUCUUUCUACGAUGACAACUGAAUCGGAGGAAGAUUUAAAUUACGCCAUUGGUUGGAAUCGUUUUAACUUGUCGGUGUUAGGAGUUUGGCCUGAACCAUCGGAGACGACGUUUCUUUGGCGAUUAACGUCAGCUAGUAUAUUUUGGACGAGCACUACCGUGACCCUUUUAUUCAUAAAUGCACCACAAACGGCAGAUCUGAUUCUGAAUUCAAGCAGUCUGGAUGAAACCGUAGAAAAUUUAUCCAUCAAUAUACCAAUCGCUUUCGCCGUGACUAAGCAAAUCGUUUUGCGGUACCAUGGAAAAGCAUUAAAAUCAUUACUCGUCGAGAUAGUUAACGACUGGAAUCAAACGCAACAAGAAUCAGAACGUUUGUUGAUGUUGAAAACUGCUAAAUUGAGUCGAACGAUAUCUCUCUUUUGUUCUACUUUAUCCUACUUAAUGGUGAUCACCUUUAUAUCGCUUCAAAUUUAUGCGAAUAUGGCUAGUGCCUCCGAAAUCGAUCUAGGAGGACUUUUGCAUCCAGCGACCUUUCCAUACGACAUCAAGAAAAGUCCUUAUUUUGAGAUCACUUGGUUGGGACAAUUCAUGGCAACGAUUCUAGCAGGCAUCAGUUAUUCUUGCUUCGAUACUUUUCACGCAGUCUUUGUUUUGCAUUUGUGUGGACAACUGUCGGUUUUGCGAUCGAAUAUAAGAGAAUUGGCGGAAAUAGCGAAGCGUGAUGUCGCUCUGUUUCAAAAUAGACUCGGCUACAUUGUGAAUAGGCACGAACAACUCUACAAAUUCGCCAUUAUAGUCGAGGAUUGUUUCAAUCUUACUCUACUAGGACAAACUUUGAUUUCGACGGCUAUGUUCUGCAUGACAGGUUAUCGUAUGAUCACGUCGAUGAACGCACAAGAAGAAGAUUUGCCGAUAGUAGGAUUGAUAUUUUACAUCAUUCAUGUGAUAUACACGAUGUUGCAUUUAUAUAUAUAUUGUUACGUUGGUGAAGCUCUUCUGAUAGAGAGCACUGGAAUAGCUUUCUCCGCUUACGAUUGCGAAUGGUAUGACUUGCCACCAAAAAAGGCGAUCUGCUUGUUGAUAGUAAUUUGUCGAGCAAGAAUAGCAUUUCAAAUCACCGCUGGAAAAUUUUGUCCAUUUUCGUUAGAAUUGUUUGGCGCUAUCAUUAAAACAUCCGCCGGAUAUUUAUCGGUAUUACUAGCUAUGAAAAAUAGUCCGGUAGAAGAGUAAUAAAAUAUACGUUAUUUAUAAUGAACAAUCGAUCGAAGAAUUUGAAAGAUAUUAAAAAUCGAUCGUUUGUUACAUCUACCAGUAUGUAAUAUUUUAUUCAUAAUUUAAUAAUAAUUAUCAAUGAAAUGCGAUUAGUGAAAAUAUUGCAAAACAGAAUUAAUUGGAUUAAUAUAAAAAUGAAAAUAAUACUGCUAUAGAACAUAGAAAGCGUAACGAAGUUUGUAUUACGAAAUUUUAACGUUCUUGUAAGAGUCGUAC